UGGUUAUGUGCAAAUGGUGAAAUAAAGUUGUUUUUAAACCCUCGUUCCGGUGGUAAAGUCUAGCUUCUAUCGGGGGACUCGACAUGUCACCCAGGAGCAGCCGUGUUCCGGUUCUGGUCGUCGUGUUCUGUGUGUUUGUGACCGUCUCUUGUAAGUUCCCCACAUUGGACCACCUCAAGCCGACGGCCAGCGACAAGGCGCAGGGCCGAGCGGCCGUGGAGCUGCUGAAGCGGCUGCUCGGGACCAGGUCCACGGAGUUCAUCGUGUCGGUCAACCGGAGCCUCUCCAACGACAGCCUGGACGUGUGCGAGCUCCGGUCCACGAGAAACAACAAGGUGGUCGCGACGGGCAGCACCGGGGUGGCCGUGGUGACCGGCAUCUACAACUACCUCAAGUACUUCUGUAACUGCCAUGUGUCGUGGUCCGGGGACCAGCUGGACAUGCCGCGUCCUCUGCCGAGGCUCACGGGCGUCCUGCGCAUCGACACGCAGCACAGAUUCCGGUAUUACCAGAACGUCUGCACCUUCAGUUACUCCUCCGUGUGGUGGGACUGGCCGAGAUGGGAGAGGGAGAUCGACUGGAUGGCGCUCAAUGGGAUCAAUCUGCCGCUGGCGUUCACCGGCCAGGAAGCCGUGUGGCAAGAGGUUUACCGAGCUCUCGGGUUGAACCAGUCGGAGAUCGAGGAGUUCUUCUCUGGCGCCGCGUUCCUCGCCUGGAAUCGGAUGGGCAACCUGUUCCGGUUCGGGGGGCCUCUGCCACAGUCCUGGCACGUGAACCAGCUCGACCUCCAAUUUAAAAUCUUGGAGCGGAUGAGAUCCUUCGGCAUGAUCCCGGUGCUGCCGGCCUUCUCCGGGAACAUUCCCGCGGGGAUCCUCCGGCUGCAUCCAGGAGCCAACGUCACCCGGUUGGGCCCCUGGUCCCACUUCAACUGCAGCUACUCGUGCUCCUACCUCUUGGACCCCCGAGACCCUCUUUUCCUCCGGAUCGGUUCCCUCUUCCUGUCCCAGGUGGUCAAGCAGUUCGGUACAGAUCACAUCUACAACACCGACACCUUCAACGAGAUGAGUCCUCCGUCCUCUGACCCCGCCUACCUGUCUGCGGUCAGCCGCUCCGUCUUCGCCUCGAUGACCGCCGUCGACCCCGAGGCCAUCUGGCUGAUGCAGGGCUGGCUGUUCUUCAGCGACGCGGCGUUCUGGCAGCCGGCCCAGAUCCAGGCGCUGCUCCGCGGCGUGCCCCUCGGCAGGAUGAUCGUGCUGGACCUGUUCGCGGAGACGGAGCCCAUCUUCUCCUCCACCGAGUCCUUCUACGGUCAGCCCUUCAUCUGGUGCAUGCUGCACAACUUCGGGGGCAACAGCGGGCUCUUCGGCACCGUGGAGAGCAUCAAUUCGGGGCCCUUCAAAGCCUUGCGGUUCCCCAACUCCAGCCUGGUGGGCCUCGGCGUGGCGCCGGAGGGCAUCGAGCAGAACCCCGCGAUGUACGAGCUGAUGAGCGAGCUGGCGUGGCGCCGGCGGCCCGUCAACUUGUCCAAGUGGGCGUCGCUGUACGCGAUCCGCCGCUACGGCAGCACGCAGGAGGGCCCGGUCGCCGCCUGGCGCCUGCUGUUCGCCAGCGUGUACAACUGCACGCUGCCGCAUUACCGGAACCACAACCGCAGCCCGCUGGUGCGGCGGCCGUCGCUCCGCAUGAACACGGACGUCUGGUACGAGCCGGCCGCUCUGUUCAAAGCCUGGAAGCUGAUGAUGGAGGCGGCGCCGUCCCUCAUGUCCAAGGAGACCUUCCGGUACGACCUCGUGGACGUGACCCGGCAGGUCCUGCAAGUCCUGACGACUUCCUUCUACCGGGAGAUCGCGGCCGCCUUCCGGAACCACAAGCUGCCGGAGCUGCUGACCGCGGGCGGCGUGCUGGUGCACGACCUCUUGCCCGAACUCGAGCGCUUGCUGAGCAGCGACCGCAACUUCCUGCUGGGCACGUGGCUGGAGCGCGCCCGGUCCCUCGCCCUCGACGAGGCGGAGGCGCAGCUCUACGACCGGAACGCCAGGAACCAGCUGACCCUGUGGGGCCCCGGUGGCGAGAUCCUGGACUACGCCAGCAAAGAGUGGGGGGGUCUGAUGGAGGACUACUACGCCCGGCGGUGGGGCCUGUUCGUCCGCACCCUGGUGGAGUGUCUGGACGGCGGGCGGCCGUUCAAGCAGGACGCCUUCAACCAGGCGGUGUUCCAGGUGGAGACGGGAUUCAUUCACAACGGCCGGAAGUACCCCACCGAGCCUCAGGGGGACACGUACGAGAUCGCACGCAGGAUCUUCCUCAAGUACUACCCACAGGCCCUGAAGACGCUAUAGGGGGAGGACACGGCCAUCUGGGGAGGGGGGAACCAAACGCGUCUCGAGAGGCCCCGCCCCCCCCAGGCCGACCCAAAACACUUGUUUUUGAUUCCACUGCUCUGAAGACAAGAUGUGCAUAUUCACGUUCCCAGAGGACGACAAAGAGAUGGAUUUAUUGAGCCCGGUUUAUUGUGUAAAAAUGACUUUCUGAGCUUUCAGGGAGAGAGAAUAUCACAGGCACUAUUUCUUGUGUAUGGAUCCGUCCGGUGCGUCUCUUUAACGCCUGCGGUGCCACAUGCAGUGAACCAGGUGUCGGUCUCUGGACACGCGGGUCACAGGCGAUGCGUUCGGCUUUAAACGCAUAUCCUAACACGUGGCACUCGUCCUUUAGGUCUGAGGUACUGCACAUGGACCUUUAGGUGUCCGUCACCCAGGUGACCUUUAACCUUUUAAUAAAAAGACAUUUUCAUGUCUCAGUUUGUUCGUGUGGGUGCCUUUUGAUCUUGCGUUACAAUCUUGGAUCAAAUUCCUCCACAUGGUUUCUCUUAUUAAAAGAUAGUUUUAUAUGAAGAUGCAUUGAUGUCAAACUGCCACAUGUCCACAUACACAGCAUCACUUUCUGAAAGAUAUCGUCUAUUUUUACGAGUCACAUUAGUUACGGUUUUACUUCUGAUUCCUGGAGUUUGAGUUACACGCUACAUAUUUUCAGAAUAAUUACUUUAAUAUUUCAACGUGAGCACAGCUUACAUUCGUAAUGUACCGACGCACUAUGUACAAUAUUAGUAUUCUUUAUUGUAUAAAUGCUAUUUUUGUAUGAUGAAUUAAACUGUUUGAUUCUUAACUCAAGCGCAGACAGUGGUGAGAGGAGACAAAGCCAAGUAGAGCAGUUUGAUUCAUAUUUCUUUAUUGUUGUAAAAAUAAUGCGCAUCAGUUUAGUCGUAGACUUUUAACCAUCGAGUUCUUCCUAAUGUACACGAUGACGUCACGGCUCCGCUCCAGGCUCAGUCACCAUGGUCACUCCAGGAAAUAAAAAUAAAACAAUGAGUUCACUUUGCAUCAGGUACAGCUAAUAGUGAUGGCAGAAGCCCCGCCCCCUUAAUCAUUGGCAUUCUAACCAAUAGCUGUCACCCGUCAGAAAAGUGUUGGAGAAUGUUUUGCAUUUAACUGAUGGAUUAAAAAAAUUAAAAAAGGUA